AUCUUAAAUUGCGGAUUUUGGAAAGCUAAAAUCUUGAAAUCGGCCAAAAUCUUCAAUUCAGGAUUUUGGAAAGCUAAAUUCUUGAAAUCGGCCAAAAUCUUCAAUUCAGGAUUCUGGAAAGCUAAAAUCUUCAAAUCGGUCAAAAUCUUGAAUUGAGGAUUUUGGAAAUAUAAAAUCUUGAAAUCGGGCAAAAUCUUGAAUUCAGGAUUUUGGAAAGCUACAAUCUUGAAAUCGGCCAAAGUCUUGAAUUCAGGAUUUUGGAAAGGUAACAUAUUCAAAUGGGCCAAAAUCUCAAAUUCAGGAUUUUGGAAAGCUAAGAUCUUGAAAUCGUCCAAAAUCUUGAAUUCAGGAUUUUGGAAUUCUUAAAUAUUGAUAUCGGUCAAAAUCUCGAAAUCGGCCAAAACCGUGAAUUCACGAUUUUGGAAAAGUAAAAUCUUGAAUUCAGGAUUUUGGAAAACUACAAUCUUGAAAACGUCCGAAAUCUUGAAUUCAGGAUUUUGGAAAGCUAAAAUUUUUUAAUCGGCCAACAUCUUGAAUUAAGGAUUUUGGAAAGCUAAAAUUUUUUCAUCGGCCAAAAUCUUGAAUUCAGGAUUUUGGAAAGCUAAAAUCUUGAAAUCGGCCAAUAUCUUGAAUUCAGGAUUUUCGAAAGCUAAAAUCUUGAAAUCGGUUAAAAUCUUGAAUUGAGGAAUUUUAAAAAACUGAAAUCUUAAAAUCGGUCAAAAGCAUGAAUUCAGGAUUUUGGAAAGCAAAAAUCUUUAAAUCGGCCAGAAUCGUGAAUUCAGGAUUUUGGAAAGUUAAAAUCUUGAAAUCGGCGUAAAUCUUGAAUUCAGGAUUUUGGAAAGUUUAAAUCAUGAAAUCGGGCAAAAUCUUGAAUUCAGGAUUCUGGAAAGCUAAAAUCUUGAAAUCGGCGUAAAUCUUGAAUUCAGGAUUUUGGAAAGUUCAAAUCAUGAAAUCGGGCAAAAUCUUGAAUUCAGGAUUCUGGAAAGCUAAAAUCUUGAAAUCGGCGUAAAUCUUGAAUUCAGGAUUUUGGAAAGUUCAAAUCAUGAAAUCGGGCAAAAUCUUGAAUUCGGGAUUUUGGAAAGCUAAAAUCUUAUAAUGGGCCAAAUUCUUAAAUUCAGGAUUUUGGAACGCUAAAAUCUUGAGAUCGGCAAAAUUUUGAAUUUAGGAUUUUGGAAAGCUAAAAUAUUGAAAUCAGCCAAUAUCUUCAAUUCAGGAUUUUGGAAAGCUAAAAUCUUAUCAUCCGCCAAAAUCUUGAAUUCAGGAUUUUGGAAAGGUAAAAUCUUGAGAUCGGCAAAAUCUUGAAUGCAGGAUUUUUGAAAGCUAAAAUCUUGAAAUCGGCAUAAUCUUGAAUUCAGGAUUUUGGAAAGCUAAAAUCUUGAAAUCGUCCGAAAUCUUGUAUUCAGGAUGUUGGAAAGCUGAGAUCUUGAAAUCGGUCAAAAUCUUGAAUUCAGGAUUUUGGAGAGCUAAAAUCUUGAAAUCUGCCAGAAUCGUCAACUUAGGAUUUUGGAAAGCUAAAAUCUUAAAAUCGGUCAAGAUCUUGAAUUCAGGAUUUUAAAAAACUAAAAUCUUGAAAUCGGCGAAAAUCCUAAUUUCAGGAUUUUGGAAAGCUAAAAUCUUGAAAUCGGCGAAAAUGUUAAAUUCAGGAUUUUGGAAAGCUAAAAUCUUGAAAUCGGCCAGAAUCUUAAAUUCAGAAUUUAGGAAAGCUAAAAUUUUGAAAUCGGUAGAGGUCUUGAAGUGAGGAUUUUGGAAAUCUAAAACCUUAAAAUCGACCAAAAUCUUGUAUUCAGAAUUUUGGGAAGCUAAAAUCUUGACAUCGGUCAAAAUCUUGAAUUCAGGAUUGUGGAGAGUUAAUAUCUUGAAAUCUGCCAGAAUCUUGAAUUUAGGAUUUUGGAAAGCUAAAAUCUUCAAAUCGGUUAAAAUCUUGCAUUGAGGAUUUUAAAAAACUAAAAUCUUAAAAUCGGUCAAAAUCAUGAAUUCAAGAUUUUGGAAAGCAAAAAUCUUUAAAUCGGACAGAAUCUUGAAUUCAGGAUUUUGGAAAGUUAACUCUUAAAAUUGGCCUAAAUCUUCAAUUCAGGAUUUUAGAAAGCUGAAAUCUUGAAAUCGGCCAAAAUCUUGAAUUCAGGAUUUUGGAAAGUUAAAAUCUUGAAUUCAGGAUUCUGGAAAGCUAAAAUCUUGAAAUCGGCCAAAAUCUUGAAUUCAGUAUUAGAAAGCUAAAAUCUUCAAAUCGGCCAAAAUCAUGAAAUCGGCGACAAUCUUGAAUUCAGGAUUUUGGAAAACUAAAAUCUUGCAACCGGCCAAAAUCUUGAAUUCAGUAGUUUGGAAACCUAAAAUCUUGAAAUCGGCCAAAAUCUUAAAAUCAGGAUUUUGGAAAGCUAAAAUCUUAAAAUCGGCCAGAAUGUUGAAUUCAGGAUUUUUGAAAGCUAAAAUCUUCAAAUUGGAAAAAAAAUUGAAUUCAGGAUUAUGGAAAGCUAAAAUCUUGAAAUAAGCAAAAUCUUGAAUUGAGAAUUUUGGAAAGCUAAAAUCUUAUAAUCGGCCAAAAUGUUGAAUUCACGAUUUUGGAAAGCUAAAAUCUUGAAAUCGCCCACAAUUUUGAAUGCAGGAUUUUGAAAACCUUAAAUCUUAAAAUCGACAAAAUCUUGAAUUAAGGAUGUUGGAAAGCUAAAAUCUUAUAAUCGGCCAAAAUCUUAAAUUUAGGAUUUUGGAAAGCUAAAAUAUUGAAAUCGGCCAAAAUCUUGAAUUCGGGAUUUUCUAAAGCUUAAAUCUUGAAAUCGUCCGAAAUCUUGAAUUCAGGAUUUUGGAAAGCUAAAAUCUUGAAAUUGGACAAACUCUUGAAUUCAGAAUUUAGGAAAGCUAAAAUCUUAAAAUCGACUAAAAUCUUGAAUUCGGGUUUGGAAAGCUAAAAUCUUGAAAUCGGCCAGAAUCGUGAAUUCAGGAUUUUGGAAAGGUAAAAGCUUGAAAUCGUCCGAAAUCUUGUAUUCAGGAUUUGGAAAGGCUAAAAUCUUAAAACAAGCUAAAAUCUAAAGAUCAGCCAAAAUGUUGAGUUCAUGAUUCUGGAAAGCUAAAAUUCUGAAAUCGGCCACAAUCUUAAAUUCAGGCUUUUGUAAAGCUAAAAUCUUAUUAUUGGCCAAAAUCUUAAAUUCAGGAUUUUGGUAAGCUAAAAUCGUAUAAUCCGCAAAAUCUUGAAAUCGGUCAGAACAAUGAACUUAGGAUUGUUGAAAGCUAAAAUCUUGAAAUAGGUCAAGAUCUUAAAUUGAGGAUUUUAAAAAACUAAAAUCUUGAAAUCGGCCAAACUCUUGAAUUCAGAAUUUAGGAAAACUAAAAUCUUGAAAUCGGCGAAAAUCUUGAAUUCAGGAUUUUGCAAAGCUAAAAUCUAGAAAUCAGGCAGAAUCGUGAAUUCAGAAUUAUGAAAAGCCAAAACCUUGAAAUCGUCCGAAAUCUUCUAUUCAUGAUUUUGGAAACCUAAGAUCUUGAAAUCGGUCAAAAUCUUGAAUUCAAGAUUUUGGGGAGCUAAAAUCUUGAAAUCGGCCACAAUCGUGAACUUAGGAUUUCGAAAAGGUAAAAUCUUGAAAUCGGCCAAAAUCUUGAAUUGAGGAUUUUAGAAAGCUAAAAUCUAGAAAACGGUCAAGAUCUUGAAUUGAGGAUUUUAAAAACUAAAAUCUUGAAAUCGGUGAAAAUCUGGAUUUCAGGAUUUUGGAAAGCUAAAAUCUUGAAAACGGCCAAAAUCUUGAAUUUAGGAUUUUGGAAAGGUAAAAUAUUGAAAUUGGUCAAGAUCUGGAGUUGAGGAUUUCCAAAAACUAAAAUCUUGAAAUGGGCGAAAAUCUGGAUUUCAGGAGUUUGGAAAGCUAAAAUCUUGAAAACGGCCAAAAUCUUGAAUUUAGGAUUUUGGAAACCUAAAAUUUUGAAAUCGGCCAAAAUCUUGAAUUCAGGAUUUUGGAAAGCUAAAAGCUUGAAAUCGGCCACAAUUUUGAAUUCGGGAUUUUGGAAACCUAAAAUCUUAAAAUCGGCCAAAAUCUUUAAUUUAGUAUUUUGGAAAGGAAAAAUCUUCAAAUUGGGAAAAGUCUUGAAUUCAGGAUUAUGGAAAGCUAAAAUCUUAAAAUUGGUCAAAAUCCUGAAUUGAGAAUUUUGGAAACCUAAAAUCUUAUAAUCGGCCAAAAUCUUGAAAUCACGAUUUUGGAAAGCUAAAAUCUUAAAAUCGGCCCAAAUCUAGGACUCAGGAUCUUGGAAAGCUAAAAUCUUGAAAUCGUCCGAAUUCUUGUAUUGAGGAUUUUAAAAAGCUAAGAUCUUGAAAUCGGUCAAAAUCUUGAAUUCAGGAUUUUGGAAAGCUAAAUUCUUCAAAUCGGCCACAAUUGUAAAAUUAGGAUUUUGGAAAGCUUAAAUCUUAAAAUCGGUCAAGAUCUUGAUUGAGAAUUUUAAGAAACUAACAUCUUGAAAUCGGCCAAAAUCUUGAGUUCAACAUUUUGGAAAGCUAAAAUCUUGGAAUCGUUAGAAACCUUGUAUUUAGGAUUUUGGAAAGCCAAGAUCUUUGAAAUAAGCUAAAAUCUUGAAAUCGGCCAGAAUCAUGAAUUCAGGAUUUUGGAAAGGUAACAGCUUGAAAUCGUCCGAAAUCUUGUAUUCAGGAUUUUGGAAAGCUAACAUCUUUAAAUCGGUCAAAAUCUUGAAAUCAGGAUAUUGAAAAGCUAAAAUCUUGAAAUCGGCCAGAAUAUUGAAUUUAGGAUUUUGGAAAGCUAAAAUCUUGAAAUAAGCAAAAUCUUGAAUUCAGGAUUUUGGAAAGCUAAAAUCUUAUUAUUGGCCAAAAUCUUAAAUUCAGGAUUUUGAAAAGCUACAAUCUUGAAAUCGGCCAAAAUCUUGAAUUUAUGAAUUUGGAAAGCUAAAAUCUUUAAAUCGGCCUAAAUCUUGAAUUCAGGAUUAUGAAAAGCUAAAAUCUUGAAAUCGGCAAAAUCUUGAAUUCAGGAAUUUGCAAAGCUAAAAUCUGAUAAUCGGCCAAAAUCUUGAAUUCACGCUUUUGUAAAGCUAAAAUCUUGAUAUCGGCAAAAUCUUGAAUUCAGGAUUUUGAAAAGCUAAAACCUUGAGAGCUGCAAAAUCUUGAAUUCAGGUUUUUGAAAAGCUAAAAUCCUGAAAUCGGGAAAAUCUUGAAUUCAGGAAUUUGGAAAGCUAAAAUCUUAUAAUCGGCGAAAAUCUUGAAUUCAGGAUUUUGGAAAGCUAAAAUCUUGAGAGCCGCAAAAUCUUGAAUUCAGAUUUUAAAAAGCUAAAAUCUUGAAUUGAGGAUUUUGGAAAGCUAAAAUCUAAUAAGCGGCCAAAAUCUUGAAAUCAGGAUUUUUGAAAGCUGAAAUAUUAAAAUCGGCGAAAACCUUGAAUUCGGGAUUUUGGAAAGCUAAAAUCUUGAAACCGGCCAGAAUCGUGAACUUAGGAUUUUGGAAAGCUAAAAUCUUGAAAUCGGUCAAAAUCUUAAAUUCAGGAUUUUGGAAAGCUAAAAUCUUAAAAUCG